UUAAUGAUGCAAAUCUUUCUUCUUAUAAAUAUAUAUCUUAAUAAAAAGUUUAAAAAUCAAUGUCAAUUUCUGUGUUAAUUAUUAAAUUUUAUGUAAACAAAAUUAGAGCGUUGACCGUGCGAAACAGAAGCAGUGGAGUUUCCAGUUGCGUUUUUUAGGAGGCGUUGAACUUCCUCCACAAAAGUGUUAGGAAGUGGUAUCACACUUUUGAGUUGUGUGGUUCACAGACAAGCAGCAAAACAAGUAUGUCAGAACACGGAGAGACCAUGUUUGAGCCCUCGGCUUCCGACAUGUCCAUACAACAAGUGCCACCACCGCCGUACGAAGAACCAGUGCAGCAAGAACCGCCGCCCUACUCUCAAGAUUUGCUGAAUGAUGGCGAACCUAAAGGUGAAACAACAGGAUGUGAUGUAGAGGAAGGCGAUCAAUCAUCCCCUGAAACCAAAGCGGAGGGUCAGUCGGAGGAUCCCCCGCUCGCUGAGACGUCAGCUUUCGACGAUAAGACGGUCAGGAGGGCUUUUGUUCGCAAGGUGUUUUCCAUCCUGACCCUUCAGCUGGUGUUCACGUUCAGCGUGGUAUGUGUUUUCACAUUCUCGCCAGUUGUUAAAAGGGUAGUACAGAAGAACAUUUGGAUAUACGUCAGCUCCUUCCUCAUCUUUGCCAUUGUCAGCAUUGCACUCAACUGUGCAAAGUCCCUCCGACGGAAACACCCCUGGAAUCUCAUUGGUCUGGCCAUUGUGACAAUAAGUCUGUCAUACGUGGUGGGCACCAUGGCAUCCUACCAUGAUACCCGUGCUGUCAUCAUCACCAUGGCGACCACCUUGGCCAUUUCCCUCACAAUUAUUGCCUUCUCCGCACAGACGCGCUAUGAAUUUUCCUGCUGCUACGGUCUGCUGCUCAUCAUGGUGGUGGACUUGUUGAUGUUCGGCAUUUUCAGUGGCUUUUACUACUUGUACAUCACUCAGGUCGUCUACGGCUGUUUGGGCGCUCUGCUGUACUCAUUGUUCCUGAUGGUGGAUUGCCAAUUGAUGAUGGGCGUGCUGAGUUACCGCCUGGACCCAGAGGAGUAUGUCACCGCCGCUCUGAUGAUCUACUUGGAUAUCAUGCUCAUCUUUAUUUACCUGAUGGGGAAACACUGAAACAAUGGUCACACACCCCUCGCAUCUCAUUCACUUCUGUUCCUUUCUGGAUGCUUCUUCACAGAAAUUAAGUCUUCUUGAAGGCACCACAGGCAGAUGUUCUGUGGUGUUGAUGAAGGAAUACUGUAUUCUAGAGAUAGACCGAUUAUUAGCGGCGAUAUUAGGAAAUUUGACAAAUCUAGGUGUCAGCCUUUUUUUUUCUCCAUAAAUCCGACCAACCGAUAUGAAAAAAAUCAAUUUAAAACUGGGUUGUAUAUUUGUCAUUUCUAUGAUUAGUGUGUCCAUGAGACCUGUUUUUAUAUUCGUGGUUAUAUAUUUUCUGUGGAAAGUUUUCAGAGAGCUAUAUAUUUAACCUUUUUUUCAACUUUAUAAGAGAUGUUUCUGAGUCUAGGACAUUCAGGCACUUCUGGAGCUAUUAUUUUCUAUUUGUGUGAUUCAAUAAACAUGCUUUAGGCUUUUCAAUGAA